GGGAAAUAUCACAGGAGUACACUACAGGCAUGAGAGUGCUGGCCAUGGAUCUCCUCGCGGGAAUAUGGGAGAGCUUGGGACGAGAGGAGAGCAACCUGACCACGGCCUUGGACCUCCACUUUUGCUUCCAAAUCUUCAUUGGUAAUUACUACCCACCAUGCCCACAGCCAGAGCUAGCCAUGGGCCUCCCUCCCCACUCCGACCAUGGCCUCCUUACGAUCCUUCUCCAAAAUGGCGUAGAUGGCCUCCAAUUGAAGCACAAAGGCAACUGGGUCAAUGUCAAGCCCCACCCCAACUCUUUCCUUGUCAACACCGGUGAUCACAUGGAGAUUAUAAGCAAUGGAAGGUAUAAGAGCGUGGUGCACCGGGCAGUGGUAAAUAGCAAAAGCACGAGGAUAUCGAUCGCAAAUGCGAUAGGGCCAUCGCUGGACGCAGUUGUUGUGCCUGCCAUGGAGUUGGUGAGUGAUAAGGGUACUCCAGUGGCGUAUAAUGGCAUGAGAUAUAGGGAGUUUAUUGAGCAUCAGCAAGCUAACCCGCUCAAAGACAAGUCUGUUUUGGAUCGUAUAAGACUGUAGGGCAAGUAAUACCUGGAACAAUGGUUAUGCUGUGCUUAUGAAUGUA